GCACAACAAAAUUUCUCUUUUCUUCUCUCUCUCUCUAUACAAAACUAUCAAAAAAACUUUCCAAUUUCUUAUCUUCUGUACUGAAACCAUGUCCCUCUCGGUUCCUAACAACCCCGUUGCUCCAAAACUUUCCGCCACCAAAGACGACCAGAGCCUAAGGCAUUAUUCCGAUGAGACCGUCACAAGUCACAUUUAUACUAAACAUCGGGAGGACGACAGAAUCAAGCUUGACGUUGAUAAUUACAUUGCACUUGUUGAAAGUAUCAUCAUAACUGCCGAUCGAAUCACUGAAACCGUAUCCCAAGGCAACGAAGGGCGUUUGAUAUUCUCAGAUGAGUUCUCGAAGGUCAAUGCUGUUGAUCCACCCCUUUGUACCCUUCACCAUGUUUCAACCCAGCUGUCUUGCAAAGCACCGGGAAUAGAAAAAGCACAUGAAACAACCCUAGAAAUUCUUGAUAUAUUAGUGAGUUACCCAUGGGAAGCCAAAGCAGUUUUGACAUUAACUGCUUUUGCUACUGAAUAUGGAGACAUUUGGCAUCUCAACCAUUAUUCACUUUUAGACCCACUUGCUAAAUCAUUGGCUAUGAUCAAGCGAGUUCCUUUGUUGAAGAAACAGUUGGAUUCAAUCAGAUACCGUCAACUUCUUCUUACUCCCAACAGUUUGAUUUAUAGCUGCUUGAAAGCUAUGAAAAACGUUUCUGAACUCAAGAAUAAUUUCUCUACAUAUGAUAUCAAAGAGCUUUCUGAGUUGUCCUCUGUCCUUCGCCAAAUUCCUUUGGUUGUUUAUUGGAUCAUACAUAUAAUUGUUGCUUCCAAAACCGAGAUCUCGAGUUAUAUGAAUGAGACUGAGGGUCAAUCACAAAAAUAUAUGAAUGAGUUGUCUGAAAAGAUAAACUCUAUACUCUUCACACUUGACAAUCAUCUCAAGAUCAUUGAAGCCAAACGAGAGGAAAUUGAACUCUAUAAAUGGCUAGUGGAUCACAUUGAUAAUUUCCCCACUGAGAUAACAUUAGUUGUGCCUAAGCUUAUUGAAGGCAAGUUUGAUGCAAAGCCUUUCAUUGAUGGUUCUACAAAAUUGCAGGUUAGUAUUGAAGAUGGUUUGAGAGACAAGAAUGUGAUAUUGGUAAUAUCUGGAUUAGAUAUCUCUGAGGAUGAUAUUAGAGCACUUCAUUCAAUUUACGAUGAAGUGAAAAAGGAAGAUAAAUACAAGAUUGUUUGGAUACCUGUAAUUACAGUAGAAACUCAAGAUGAAGAAGAAAAAGCAAGAAAGAAAUAUGAAUAUGUAAGUUCUUUAAUGAAAUGGUAUAUUGUGCCAUACACUAGCAAAAUUGCUGGAUGGAGAUAUCUUGAAGAGAAUUGGCAACUUAGACAAGAUCCAUUGGUUGUUGUUAUGAACUCAAAAUCAAGAGUUGAGUUCAACAAUGCAAUACAUUUGAUUAGAGUUUGGGGAAUUGAUGCUUUUCCUUUCACCAGUGGAAGAACUAAUGCUCUGUUGGCAAAGAAUUGGCCUGAAUCCACUCUUUUCAAAUUUAUUGACCAACCAAGAUUGAUGAAUUGGGUAAAUCAAGAUAGGAACAUCAUAUUUUAUGGUGGAAAAGAUCCAAAUUGGAUUCAACAAUUUGAAGAGAGAAUAGAAGAGAUUAAAAACGAUCCUUACAUAAAGGAAAGAAGAAACACAUUUGAAAUCAUACGAGUAGGACAAAAGCUCAAAGAAGAUAGCAAUGAUAUUACACUUACCGCUCGGUUUUGGUUAACUCAAUGGGGUUACUUUGUAAUCAAGAGUCAACUAAAAGGUUCGAGUGCAACUGAAACAACUGAAGACAUCCUACGACUCAUAUCGUAUGAAAACGAAAAUGGUUGGGCAAUCGUAGCUGUUGGAUCAGCUCCAUUGCUUGUUGGUCGUGGCAAUUUGAUCAUGGGAGUGUUACAAGAUUUCAACAAAUGGAAAAGAAGUAUGAACAUGAAAAUUUUCCCUGAUGCUUUUAGAGAUUACUUCAAUGAAUUGAAUCUCAAAUUUCAUACUUGUGAAAGAAUGACACUUCCUGGAUUUAGUGGAUGGAUUCCUAUGAUUGUGAAUUGUCCUGAAUGUCCUCGUUUCAUGGAGACCGGUAUCAGUUUCAAGUGUAACCAUGGCCGCCCUGAACUCUCGUGAAGAUGAAGAAAGAUGGUAAUGAUAUCAAACACACAAAUGUUUGGUAUAUAAUAAUAUAUACUAUAGGUAUAUUAUAUAUGUACUACUCUACUACUAAAUAAUAUGAGGUUCAUCUUAUUACACCUUAUUGUACUAUUUCAUCAAGCUUAUGAGCCUAUUAGGCUAUAAUGAAUUAUUCAAUAUCAUUGAAAGCUCGUUGCUUU